AUGCUGCAAGACUGCACGUGGACAGUCGUGGUCAACCAAUUCGACGGCCUCGGCUCCAGCCGAAGUCUGUUCAUUGAGCAGCAUGAAGUUAGGCAGGUGGCCACUGUCUUUAAGGAUAUGGGGGAUUCUGCCAUCGAUCCCAGUGACAAAAACGCUCAUUACUUUGGAUUUCCAUACUACCUGAAAAUUAACCUGACUUGCCAAGAACAGAACUCCGCACGAGCCACUCGGACAGCGCACUACACCGGUAUGAUCCCAGUGGUGACCGUCACUUUUCAAGAACCCAUCCACCCUGUGCGUCAGAAACGAGAACAGCUGCAGAUCACCAUGAAUGCUGCACCGUACCGACUUAAAGGAAAAUGCGAAAGCGAGGAGGUUUGUCUGAUGUGCUGGAUCACGCCCAUGCCGAUGAUGAACGGCAGCGUGAUGAUGGAAGUCUCGGUGAAGAGCAACGACCUUGGUAUCUUGAUGGACGAGAAGAGGUUCUCCAUCAACAUCAACGGGUUUGCGAAGAGGGAUAAAGAGAAAAGGGAACCCGUGUUCACGAUUGGAACAAAGUUGACCAAUCUGAAGGACUUCCUGUCCUUAAAGGAGGUGUCGCGUCCUUUGUGGGCCACUUACAGGCAGGCCCCCGUGGUCAUCAUCGGUCACGUGCCCGACAGCAAGAUCAUUCUCUUGUCAGACACGGUCUUUGACGAUUUCUUCCCGAUAGAGGUGGCCAUCGACAGCUGCUGGAUUGGCUCCCUCUCUUGCCCGCAGAAGAAUUUCUCCUCCUCCAUCGUGGACACCAUCGCCACGGAAAGCACCCUCUUUAUCCGACAGAACCAACUGGUCUAUUACUUCACUGGAAGUUACAGCGCUUUGCACAUGAAAACCUCAGGGUCUGUGCUGUGGACGCGCAUAUUGAACAACAUGUGCGUGAAGCGGUUGAACCCAGUGGAUUUCUCCAUAAACAAUACCGAAUACGUGAUCGCACUCGGUGGCGGCUGGCAGGAGGGAGAGUUCUUUCUGAUCAGCGUGAAAGAUGGCAUCGUGAAGGUCUCCGGCGCCAUGAAGUCUAAGGACGGGACGGUGUGCGGGUUUUUAGAACUCCAGAAGUGUGCCAUCCUUUGGAACAUCUUCGUCACUACAGCGAACCAAUUCGUUCUGCUGGUGAAAGACCCGACUGGGGAUGAUUAUUACGUCGUGUCAUACUACCAAGCACAACAGAAAUUUGAACUGAUGUACCAGCUUCCUAAAUUUGUUCCCAAGGGUUCAGAUAAAGGCUUUGUGAUGCUUCUGGGAACGGAGCAGUAUACAAGCCAGGCCCUCAUCCCCAGGGGCCUGGCCUUAAACCCUUUCACUAUGAUCCUGUACAUCUGGGGGAACGUGGUCUUGCAAAGCCACGACAUGGUGAAUUACGUCUACCUCUCCAGCUUCCCGAGCACUUCCUCCAUCAAAUAUUUUGUCCAUUCGUAUCAGGGGCAUUAUGCCUGCGUGACGGAUAAAGAGGAGAUCUGGGUCUCCGUGGAAGGCAGCUCAAUCCUUGUCCGGGUGUAUCCAUCAGAACCUUGGAAUCUAUUUCGAGAUUUACAGAUCAUUCGAAGGUCGACAGAAUAUGGGCAUAAGGAGGCCAUGAUCAGUGUUUUCUAUGACCCAGAUGGGCUGAAACAGCUGCUCUAUUUAGAGGAUAAAGAUGGCAAUGCGAGGGUGAUCAAGAGGAGAGUCCCCCUGCACCACGUCCUGACGUACCGGCACUUGAUCAGUGCCCCUUACCACCAGAUGACGUACGAUGGAAAAGAAUACAUCCAGUUCACCCACCGCUGCCCGUUUGCCGUGAUGCGCAUUGUGGACCAGCCUCUCCCGCAGCGCUUCACUCGGAUGGAGAAUUACCGUGCUGAGCCGCCGAACGUCAUGGACCCCACCAUGUUCCACGACCCGAAGUCACUGGCCGUGUACCAGGGCCUGAUCUUCCAGCUGCUCUGGCUGCACUCCGCGUACAACAGACCUUACGCGGACCCCGUCCAUGACCCCACGUGGCGCUGGUGGAAGAACAAGGAACAAGAUGCGGAGUAUUACUUCUACGUGGCGGGGAACAGGAACUCUUCUGGAGGCGUCUACGUCGACAUGGACCAGUAUGUCAAAGUCUACAAAGUGAAGGCCCGGCAUAAGCUGCCCCCCCAAAUCUACCUGGACAAGAAGAACGCCUACACCUUCUUUGUUUUCCUGAGCAUCAGGACAGCCAAGCAGAGCUUGGGGGAGACAGCGGCAGAAAAUUCCCUCAACUCCAUUUGGAUGACUGUCGUUUUAUCCCAUCCCAAGUAUUUCAUUGCAAAACUGGAGAGGCGGGAGCUCAUCAGCAGAGGCUCGGUGCUGUACGAAGUGACGAUCUCUGAUACUGGCCUGUUUCCAUACCAAGACCUGAGCGGCAAAAACCUUCUGAAGGGCUCCGUCAUUUUAAAAGUGGCACACUCCUCGAUGAACUGCUACCACUACACUGCAACUGGACCACGUCUCAAGGGCACCAAGAUGAUGACCAUCAAUAUCGGCUGCCCCCCGGGGAAGAGGCUGGCCUUCGACAUCACGGGCUCCUUGCAGUUCACCACCAAGAAGAACAAGCGCUACUUCGACUGCGUCAACCCGGACCCGGAGAUGCCCUGCUUCUUCUUUAGCGACAUGUUCUACCCUUCCUUUUUGAUCCAAGACAUGGUGACGGGGCACUCGGGCCCGUUCGAGGGAAGCUACGUCUUCAAAAUCAUUGGCGGGGGUCCGUUUUCGGAGAAGGAGAUCCGCUACUUCAGCAAAGAGGAGAUCCUGCGCUACAACUCGGUGCACGGGAGCAAAACCAAGAGUCUGAUCUGGCUCAGGGAAGACAGUUCAGAGGAACAAACGGACCCAGAAGGUUUCCAUAUCCUUUCCGGGGCCAACUACGGGAUUAUGUUUGUUUGCCAGCGGAAUUCCGCGUGUUACGAUAUCACUCCCAGGGAUAUGACAGCCCCCGAUUACUUCUUCGUGGUGAAGGUGUCGAACAGAGACGUGGACCAAACCACCUACUGCGACUACGCCUUGGAGUUCAUCAUCCACGUCCACGGUCUGCGCCUCAGCCCCACCCGGGCCAUCUUCCUCAUGCAGGUUUCCCUGUUCUCCUUAAUUGGCAUGGUGUUGGCAUACAUCUUCAUCCACAUCGUGGGCCCCAGCAUCAAGAACUGGGCUCACAACCUCUACAAGAGAGUCGAGGAGGCCAUUGUUUUUCGGGCUGCGUCCAGCAUCACCUUCUCGUCUUCAUUAGGCAGUCAGAGUUCCCUGUCCAACAUACACUCUAUAUCGGAUCACAGUACUCAGAGCUCACCGCAGUCGCUCCACGGAGAAAAGCACCUCGUGAGGCCUGCCCUUCCUCAGGGCUGCGGCUUUCGAAUGGUGGUCAACCGUUUCGAUGCCCUCGGGAAAGACCGAGAGUUGUUCUUUAAGCAAGACUCACUGAAGGACCAGCACGAAAUCUUCAAGGAGCUCGUGGACUCGGCCAUAGACCCAAAUGAUAAAAAUGCGCAUUACCUGGGAUUUUCGUACUACCUGAAAAUCACCCUUGCCUGCGCCGGUCAGGACUCAACAAGAGCCAUGCGGAGGGCUCACUACACCGGAUUCAUCCCCAUCGUGACCAUUGAGUUCGAAGAGCCCGUCCACUCCGUGCGGCAGAAACCGGAGCAGCUGGAGAUCGAAAUGAAGGCUGCUCCCUAUAGGAUUUCAGAAAACUGCGACAGCGAGGAGCUCUGCUCGAUGUGCUGGUACACGCCCAUGCCGAUCAUGAACGGCAGCGUGGUGAUGUCGGUGACGGCAAGGAGCAACAACCACGGGUUUCACAUCAACAGCAGGAG